UCCACGAAAUAAACUUGUCGCGAUUCAAUGUGUUGGAUAUUUUACACUUGUGUUGUGCUGUAGUUUUAAUAUUUACAGUGAUAUCGGGAUGUGUGUGGACCCUUUUGGUAGUGAGCAUCCUUCUGUGGAUCACAACGUGUUAGCUUAGACAGGAUCUUGGCGAGGAAGUCGUUUUUGUGGAGGGACUUUUUAUUGAUUGCACAUCUGAUAGUGCGUUUACUCAUAAUGCUUAAAGAAUUCACGUCACUUUUUCUCAAACACACGUCUCCAAGUCGAAAACACCUGACUCCCGAGCUUGUUUUACGUCUUGUGACGCCAUCGUGUCCCUUGUGGUCGGCGCCGGUGGCGGAGUCACCAUUUACUGACCCUUUUUUGGGGUUCUACUGGCCAGGAGGUCAGGCUACAGCGAGAUACAUCUUAGAUAAUCCGGCAGCUGUGACCGGUCGUCGGGUGCUAGACAUUGGCUGUGGGUGCGGGGCGGGCGGCAUCGCUGCAGCCAAAGUGAAAGCGAAGCGCGUCGUAGCCAACGACAUUGAUGCUUGUGCAGUAAUCGCAACGAAACUAAAUGCAGAAAUUAAUAAUGUUCACCUUGAUACGGAUACGAAUAAUUUUAUUGGAUCCAGUUGUAAGAACUUUGACGUAAUUUUGAUCGGAGAUAUGUUUUACGACGAGGAGUUUGGAAACUCGCUGUUUAUGUGGUUAACUGAGUUAUCUAAAGAAAAUAAGACGAUACUGAUAGGCGACCCAGGUCGCCACGGACUGACAGAAAGUAGACGAAGCCACAUGACGCUACUAGCUAAAUAUGAUUUACCAAAAGAAACUCGCGAGGAGAACAAUGGAUAUACCGAAACAUCUAUUUGGAAAUUGAAUAAAGUUUGAUGUGUAACUAUA